AUGGAGCUAGCUAAUACCAAAGAUUUCCAGUGGAAAACCCUCGCCCCGCUCCCAAGCCGCAGGGUCUACUCGACCUUGGUGGAAGCUGGCGGGCAGGUGUUUGCCAUCGGGGGCUGCGAUGACAACGGUGUCCCCAUGGAUUGCUUUGAGGUCUACUCCCCUGAGGCCGACCAGUGGACCUCGCUGCCACCCAUGCCCACGGCUCGGGCCGGGGUGGCCGUGGCCACUUUGGGCAAGAGGAUCAUGGUGAUAGGAGGGGUUGGAGUGAAUCAAAUGCCGCUGAAGAUAGUGGAGAUGUACAACAUAGAUGAGGGCAAGUGGAAGAAGAGGAACUCACUGAGAGAAGCAGCCAUGGGCAUCUCGGUGACGGCAAAAGACUAUAGAGUCUAUGCAGCUGGUGGGAUGGGAUCUGACCUGAGGCCGCACAACUACCUGCAGCACUACGACAUGCUCAAGGACAUCUGGGUGUCGCUGGCGGCCAUGCCCACACCCAGGUACGCUGCCACAUCCUUCCUGCGAGGCACCAAGAUCUACGUGCUGGGUGGAAGGCAGUCCAAGUAUGCUAUCAAUGCCUUUGAGGUCUUUGACACAGAGACCAGGUCGUGGACCAAGUUUCCCAACAUCCCGAACAAAAGGGCCUUCUCCAGCUUUGUGCCCACAGAAGACAAACUCUUCAGUCUCGGGGGCCUGCGGCAGGGACGGCUCUACCGGCAGCCCAAGUUCAUGAGGACCGUGGACAUGUUUGAUAUGGAACAAGGUGGCUGGAUGAAGAUGGAGCGCUCCUUCUACCUGAAGAAAAGGCGAGCAGACUUCGUGGCUGGCUACCUGAAAGGCAGAGUCGUUGUGGCUGGGGGGCUAGGAAACCAGCCAACCGUCCUGGAGUCCGCAGAGGCCUUCCACCCCGAGAAGAACAAGUGGGAGAGCUUGCCCCCCAUGCCCACCCCACGCUGUGCCUGCUCCAGCAUCGUGAUCCGGAACUGCCUGCUGGCUGUCGGUGGGGUGAGCCAGGGCCUGAGCAGUGCCGUGGAGGCCCUGUGCCUCUCCGAUUCCUAG